AUGGCAUCCUCAGCGCCCCCCGCGACGCCUCAGCGUCCUACGCCUGGCGCAUUUUUUAACACGCCGGCGCCGAAUAGGCCAGCUCUCUUCAGAACCUCCUCAACACAACAGCAGUUGAUCCCUUCAGGGAGCACGGCACCCGCUGUUACGGCGCCCAGCUUGUCUCCGAUAGACCGUGCUUCGCGGACUGUCUCUAAUAUGCUGGAUCAGGAUGCCAAUUACCGGGAUCUGGAGACCUAUCUUGGACAGGGCAUAUCGGGAGAAUAUUCCAUCACCGACGGCGCCUGGACGCCAUUCGAGGAACUGAAGAGAUAUCGCAUUCCGGACCGCAUUCUGGAGCAGAUCAACAUGACCCAGAUGUCCACAGACAUGGGACUGUUCGCCGAGAUAAACCACGCUUGGGUCACGAUUGACAACCAGCUGUACCUUUGGGACUACACCAACCCGAAUCCUGAAUUGAUAGGGUACGAGGAGCAGCCCAACACCAUUCUGAGCGUCAAGUUGGUGAAGCCUCGAGCAAAGGUCUUUGUCGAUGCCAUAUCCCAUCUCCUGGUGGUCGCUACAACACAGGACAUGUUUCUCAUUGCUGUGCAAUGCGAAAAGGGCCAGGAGGGCGUUCACGGCGUCACUCUGUUCCGGACCAAUCUGAGCACCAGCGUCAAGGGCAUUCCGGUGAGCGCCAUCGCUGGCUCCGACAGGACAGGCAGGAUAUUCUUCGGCGACGGAGGGAGCACAGAGGAUGUGCAUGAGCUCCUCUACCAGCAAGAGGAGAGGUGGUUUCGCUCAAGUUGCACGAGGGUGAAUCACACCAAGAAGUCUCUCAUUCCCAUGCUUCCCUUCUACCCCAGCGCGAACCCGGUCCAUGUGGUACAGAUUGAAGUCGACGACACAAGAAACGUGCUGUAUACCCUGUCGUCCAAUGGGAGUAUCCGCGUUUUUCAUAUGAAGGACCCAUCAAGUCUGGACCUUGUGAUCACGCAGUCGUUGAGCAGAACCAUGAGCAUGUGCUCUCACAUUGUGCCCCAACGUUCGGAAGCUUUGAGCGGUAACAAAAUGGAGAUUGUUCGUAUUGACACAGUCUCCGCGCGGGAAGCGACAUCGGUUUCGCUCAUUGCGACCACUUCCACUGGGUGCAGGAUCUUCCUGAGCACUACGACUGGCGGCUACGGGUACAGUACCGACCCCAACUCGCCUCCGAGCAGUAUGCAGGUUCGCCACAUCCGAUUUCCCCCCAUAGAUCCCACACAGACCCCGAGCCCAGCUCCAUCCAAUCAGCUCCAACCUUAUCAAGCUUCUGCGCCUAUCGGAUUUGACUCCAAGUACCUGACGAGAACUAUGAACUCGCGGAGGUAUGCGCCAGGGUCAACGUUCUUCUUCGUUAAAAGAUCGCUCGAUGCGGCGGUGGAAACAUUAUUCCUGACCGCCCCCCAUUCUGGACAGACUAGUUCGCAGCAAGACCAGACCCAGAACCCUCGUUUCACGGAGGACGCCCAGACUAUGGAACUGAGUGGGUUCAUGCAGGAUAUUGGGCUUGUUACUGAACCAUUUGCCGCCACCAGCAGACCGCUGGGAUUCGGAAAUGAGCUAGCCGUGCAGUUCGACAAGCCGUUGUGUGAAUUCGCAAUCAUGACGCAUACGGGGGUUCAGACACUGCGGCGGCGGCGACUCGUGGAUAUCUUUGCGGCAAUCAUCAGGUCGGGCGGUGGUGCGGAAGGCAUCGAAGGCGAUCUGCGAAGAUUCCACGCUCAGUACGGCAAGCGAGAAACGACUGCCACUGCUUUAGCCGUUGCAUGUGGUCAAGGUUCAUAUGUGGGGCCUGACUUGCGCGUUGCUCAACUCAGCGAUCCGGAUGUGCUGGACUACGCCCUCAAAGCCUUCAUCGAGUUCGGCGGAAAAGCACAGCUGAAUGAGAACGCAUCAGUGGAGGGUGGGCUGAACAUCGACAAUGUGCUACCAUCUCCCCGCCAUGACGGCAUUGCUGUGUACAUCUCUAGGCUUGUACGUUCCAUCUGGAGAUCCCCCAUCAUCACACAAGCAACGACUCCAACUGGAUCGACUCUGAAACCGUCACGCGACGUUGCGAAGCUCCGGGAAAUACAGCGAGCGCUUAUCGCAUUGCAAGAGUUCUUGGAAACCAACAAGCAGAACAUUGAUGGCUUAGCGGGGCCGGAAGCGUUGGGACGGGCCAAUUCACGGCAGGAUGAAGUUGAGAUGCAAGGAGAGAACCGAGCGCUCACCAGCCUCAUGGUGCUUGUAAACAAUAUCAUCGAGGGAAUCGCCUUUGUGCUCGUCAUGUUCGAGGAGAGGCUAGAGGACAUCCUCGCCCUACUCCCUUCGGAGACUCAAACCAAGGUUAUGCAACUCACCUUCCAGGGACUGUUCUCACUUCAGGAGGGCAAGGACCUCGCAAAGGCCUUGGUAAAGGCAAUUGUCACCCGCAAUAUAGCUAAGGGCUCGAAUGUGGAAACUGUUGCCGAUGCGCUGAGGAGGAAGUGUGGCAGCUUCUGCAGCUCGGACGACGUCGUCAUCUUCAAAGCCCAAGAGAGCUUGAAGAAGGCAACCGACGCUGGUGCAAACUCUGAGCGCGGUCGCAUCCUCCUGAACGACAGUCUUAGGCUGUUCGAGCAGGUGGCCAAGAGUCUGAGCGAAGAGUAUUUGACCCAGGCGGUCCAAACAUACGUCCAGAUGGAGUUCUAUGCAGGGGCUAUUCGCCUGGCAUUGAAGGUGGCACAGGAGAGCGACCGAGCGAAUACGGCCCUAUCAUGGGUAAAGGAUGGUCGACCCUCCCCGGAUGCGCGUGAACCUGCAUACAGGAAGAGAACAGUCUGCUACGAUUUGAUAUUCAAGGUUAUUGAAGCCGUCGAUAACGCGAAUACCAACGAGCAGAGUGUACCUGAUGGUAUCAUCUCACCAACGCAGAAACGGCAACAGGAGGCGUACGAGCAGAUCAACAACUCCGAGGAUGAGCUCUUCCAGAACUAUCUGUACGAUUGGUAUAUCAAACAAGGCAAACAGGACCGUCUGCUCGAGAUCCAGUCACCGUUUGUCGUGGAAUAUCUGCGUCAGAGCUCGUCCUCUGAUAUCGCUCAUGCAGAUCUCCUUUGGCGGUAUUAUGCGCACUACAACGACUUCCUGAACGCUGCUGAGGUCCAGUUCGAGCUUGCCAAGAGUGACUUUGCUUUAUCGCUGGAGAAACGUAUAGAAUACCUGUCACGGGCAAAAGCCAACGCCUCAACCCGCAUCACGGGCUUUUCCGACAGCGGUGUGCGCACGAGACAGUCGAGACAGGAGCUUCUCCGAAGCAUUGGCGACCACCUCGACAACGCUAACAUUCAAGACGAUCUUCUGCAAAAGUUCAAGAGCGAGCCGCGGCUCAAGGGAGACAAGCGGAAGGAGGUCCUGGAGGCUCUGGACGGGAAGCUUCAGACGUUGAGCGACCUCUACAACAACUAUGCCGACCAGGCAGGAUACUACGAUAUUUGCCUGUUGAUAUACCAUGCUGCCGACUACCGCGAUCUCCCUGCUAUCCGCUCCACGUGGACCAACCUCAUCGAGCAAACCCAUGAAAAGGGAAGAACAGCGGACGUUCAAGGUCCCUGGGAGCUCGUGGGCGCCGAGGUUGAGUCUAUUGGUCGACGCGUGGCUCUCAACGAGAACGUCUUCCCCGUAAACGUCUUGCUACAGAUUCUGCUCCAGUACGACCUAGAAUGCUAUACGCACGACCCCAAUGGCGGAAACCGAAACAGUGCACUUACAUAUUGCCCAGCGCUCACCUGGCCCAUAGAUGUGUUUAUUCGAGUCGGCGCACCCUUCGAAAUCAUGGUCGCCACAUUGGAAGCACUUUGGUAUGCGCAAGAGGCUCCGUUUACGGGGAGGAACCGGAAGUCAUUGAUCAAGUGGAUCAUCUACACGGUCGAGGAGUGGAGUCACGUGUCCAACAGGCAGGGGCUGCUGUUCGGUGGCGAGGAGAAUGCCAUUGGCCUGGCGGAUUGCCUCCGUGUCGUGCUCGGAUCUAAUGAGCUCGGGCGCGAUACGAAGGAUGAUAGCGACUGGGCCGAGCGAGGAAGAAAGAUUAGGGCGGUGGUAGACGCGGCCGCGAGAUAG